AUAAACUUCAAUUACACGUCCCUAAUUAAAAAGGUUAAAACUUAAUCCCAUAGGCUCCUUCUUGGUCUUGUGUAUAUAAUAUAGUCUCUCUCGAUCUCCAUUUGAAAUAUCGUCCCAAUUUCUUAAAAAGUUUGGAUUCCUCCAAUAAAGAACAUGACUUCGUCUUCUUCUUCUCCUAUCACGUUUACUCUUCUUCUGCUUCUCUCUCUUCUUGUGGCACUAAACCCAAAUCCGUCGUUAGCCUCCACCGGUAGCAACAUCAACACAAACGACAUCGUGACGCAGUACAGCACAUACGUUAGAAACGCGUGCAACGUAACGCGAUACAACCGCCUCUGCGUCCGAACGCUAUGGCCGUUUGCAAUCGUCGCUCGAAACAACACCAGCAAGUGGGCUCGAGCUAGCGUCGCGGUUACCAUAACCGACACCAAACGGGUGCUGAGGCUCUUGCUCAAAACGCAGCGUUCAGCAGUUGGCGAAAGCGAGCGAAUCGCGUUGUCGGAUUGCCGAGAGCUCUUCGUGGACUCUCUCGACAACCUAUACAAGUCGCUCGCCGUUCUGCGGACACUGAACGCGGAUGAGUUCCAGCGGCAGAUAAGCGAUCUCGCCACGUGGCUAAGCGCAGCACUCACGGAUGAUGACACGUGUCUAGAUGGAUUUGAAGAGACGUCGAGUAGAACACGGACGGUCAGGAUGGUCCGGAGGAAGGCCACCAAGUGUAUGCGACUAUGCAGCAAUGCUCUGGCUCUCCUCAAGAAGCUUGCUUUUGAUGGCUUGUAAUCUACGCUAUGAUAUUUAUUUAUUACCCAUACAAUCAUGAAUCAUACAUACAUUAGAAGAAGAAAAAAACUUUAUUUUACUUUCGAACUAUUAUUGUAACACUAAUUAUAAAUAAUAUGAUUGUUGAUUGUUGUCCUGGUUAUUCUUAACUCACACAAAUUAUCAUGAAUUUAUCAUUUUCGUACUUAUUACAAAAUCAGUUGGCCUCGG